AUGAUACUGGUUAGGGGUUCUCUUUACUGGUUGCUCAGUGGGGGUUCGGGUGGGAUCCUUGAAUUUGAGAUGGAUAGGCAAAGACUAAUUGUGAUACCUAUGCCAGUAAAUGACCUCAGGUUUUUCCAAUUGUCGCUGAUACGGGCAGAUGGCCUUGGAAUUGGUCUCCUCAAUUUAUCAGGCUUCAGUGCCCAAUUUUGGAAGACAAGGACCAAUUGUGAUGGUGUUGCUUCAUGGGUGUUGGGAAGAACCAUUGAAAUUGACCAGCUACUUCACUUGGAAGCAGAGGAGAUGGGGACUCAAAUGAUACUAGGGUUUGCUGAGGACAAUAAUGUGGUUCUCUUGUGGACAAUUGAUGGUCUUGUCAUGUUACAGCUUGAGUCGGUACAGUUUGAGAAAGUCUUGGGAACCAACAUCAUCGCUUACAAUCACUCAUUCGAAAGUGUCUAUACUGCAGAAACAGGCAUUGGUGGUGGACAUGAUGGAGCUGAUCUUUUGCACAGGACAUAA